ACCUCAGUGACCUCACUAUUAGUUCUGUAGCUGUCUGUGACAGCACACGAGCCCAAUAGAUCCAUAUCGUGGGCACAAAUCAAUAAGUUCGCGUUUUACCCACCCGAACGUUUAGCCCGAGCCCGGUUUCAGUUUUGGACCUUCGAGAAUUCGAGAGCAUACGCUGAUUGGCUGAGUGCUCAAGGCAAUACUAUGCAAUCCAUCAUAGUCCCAGGCAAAAAUUUCGCAGACCCAACAUUGUGACAGAGGAUUGGCUUUAUAGAAUUUAGGGAGCAAAACGACGACGUUUGGUUGUGUUACUACAAACUUCGUGUGAAAUCACUCUUGUCCCAUUCCCCCUCAGCUUAGCUGCACUGCCGCAAGAGCACAGGAAAAUGGAGGAGCUCCGAGACCAUCCCAACCCUCAAAAGGACGUCGUCUCCUCGGACGACGACGACCCUCCGAUGCUGAGCUCCAAAACCUUGUCGGCCCUCAAGGAGUUCCUAGCCCAGCAGAACCAGUCUCUGGGUGUUGAACCUGACCCUGACAACGUAGAGAAUGGAGAGGAGCAGGAGGAGGAGGUGGCUUUGGUGACCGAGGACUGGAGGCUGAGCCAGUUCUGGUACAACCGGGAGACUGCCGAGACUGUGGCUCGAGAGGUCCUCACUCUCUGCCAGCUCUCCAAUUCCCGCGUCGCUUGCAUCGCUUGCCCCACCCUCUACGCCUAUCUCAAGAAACUUAAUCAUAAUAUCGAUGUGCAACUUCUUGAGUAUGACAAACGUUUUGAGCGACACGGAAGUGAAUUCACUUUUUAUGAUUACAACCGACCAGAAGAGUUGCCAUCGGAACUGAAGCAUGCUUACCGCAUUGUAGUUGCAGAUCCUCCUUAUCUGAGUAAGGAGUGCUUGGAGAAAGUCAGUGAAGCAAUUUCUUUUCUUUCGCGGCCGCAAGAAUCUUACUUGCUUCUACUUACAGGUGAGGUGCAGAAAGACAGAGCUGCUGAGCUUAUGGGCUUGCGUCCAUGUGGUUUUCGGCCUCGGCACUCUAGCAAACUUGGAAAUGAGUUUCGUCUGUUCACAAAUUAUGACCCAGGAAAUAGAUUAGGAGGCUGGGAGCAAGAGGAUUAGGUGCAUUGUCUUUCUACAUGACCCUAAAUUUGUAAUCUAUGUUCAUUUUGACAAAAUUAUAUAUGCAUGUAUAUAUAUGAGCUACUCCUCCCAAGCGUGUGUUGAUCCACCCCUGUACACACACACAUCCUUAAUAUGUCCUGAGGAAAGAGCUGUAUUAUUAAGUUUGACAUUUCAUGAUAUGUUCAUAACUAUGGUGUGUGUUUCGUUAUAUUUUCUCCCCGUGGAAAUAUUCUAUGGAGGCUACUUGAAUUUGCCAUUUAUCUUGUGGUAUUUGGUUUAAGUUUUGACCAAUCAAAUAGAUGAAAAGGAGGUGCUUGAGAUCUUC